CUAUGGGCAGUCUCCAGCUGAUUGUCCUUAUCUAUGGAACAGGAUGACUACCUAUGCUGAAUUAACGGCCCGCAUCUUCCAUGCCGUUCGUCUUGAUAACUGUCACAGUACUCCUCUUCACGUGGCCCAAUACAUGCUGGACAAAGCGAGGUCCAUUCGACCCAAUUUAUACAUAGUAGCUGAACUAUUUACUGGCUCCGAGGAUCUCGACAAUAUUUUCAUAAAUCGAUUAGGCAUCAAUUCACUAAUUCGAGGCAGAGAGACCUCUAACGCGAGGUUGGCCUCAGUACAUUAA